CACCCAAAGGCUGGAUAAGAAGUCAAUUCGGAAAGUCUAAUUUCUGAAACCUGUGGUCUAACGGUGUCAGUUUAUCAUCCAGGGACUGUUGUAAUCUGUGGCUCUUGCAAUGGCAUAUAAUGUGCUAGUUGUGGUUUUACUUACAGGUGUUUUGGCUUCCAGUGUAUUGACUGAAUUUUCUGCAGAAGAUUGCUGGUCAUUGGGAUUAAAUAAGGCAAAUCUAUUGUGUUCAUCAUGUGACAGUCUCCCAACAUUUGAUCUUGAUAUUUUAAAAGACCAUUGCAACCAAUGUUGCCACAGGGAUGAAAGUGGAUAUACAGUAAAACGGUAUGCUCAGGCUCGACUGGAGGUCUGUACUUGUAAAUUUGGUGUUUACCCCCAGAUUCAAGCAUUUGUAAAAAGCGACCGACCGGCAAAAUUUCCCAAUCUCCAAAUUAAAUAUGUUAGAGGUCUUGAUCCAAUAAUAACAUUGAUGGAUAAGGAUGGAAAUGUUCAAGAUGUGCUUGCCAUUGAUAAAUGGAAUACAGACUCAGUGGAAGAAUUCCUGAAGACACACUUAAUCUCUGACAGUGAAGAAAAUAAUGAUUUCUUGAAAACAAAUAUGGUAUGAUAGCUGACAGUCACUAGUUGGCCAUACAUUUGUUUCAUUAUGUUUAAAUAUCAACAGAGAUGAAGGGAAGAAAUAAAUUCUAACAGAUUAAUUAUAUAAACACAGAGAGUCAGUGGACAAUAGAGUCUGAAAUUUAUUUAUCUCCCCCUCCCAAAAAUGUAACUAUUCCUUCAAGAAACACAUGACCAACCAAGAAUCCUGUAAUUACAACCAUUAAUAAUGUGGCUCUAUGAGCAAUUCAGUUAUCUUAAAAUAAAAAUUAAGAGCAUUUGUGUCAAUAUACAAAACUUUAAUGUUUCUUUUAUUUUUGUAAUAAUAGCUAGUCUGCCAGUCUGUGAUUCCUUGUAGCAUUUUCUGGUACAGGAACUACUCUUAUUCAAUUCAAGAAUUGUGAUCAUCCCAUCUACUUUCAACAGCAAUGAAGGCUAACAAUAAAAUAACAAUGUUUGACUUAUUUUGUGUUAUGAAAAUGUAUGAAGUAUUUGGAGGAGUGGAAAUAAAUUGCUACAGUUUGAAAUCAAA